AUGCCUCCCCAAUCCAUCCUCAUUCUAGGCCUCGGCGAACUAGCCACCUCAAUCCUCACCUCCCUCAUCCCCCUCAAACCCACAACAACAACCCUCACAGUCCUCAUCCGUCCCACAACCUUCACAUCCCCCUCCCCCCUCAAAUCCCACCAACUCACCUCUCUCUCAUCCCUCGGCGUCACUUUCCUCCCCGCCGACAUCCUAACCCUCACCCCCAAAGACCUAACCACCCUCUUCACCCCCUACACCCUCAUCAUCUCCGCCCUAGGCUUCGCCUCUCCCUCCUCCGCCCUCCAAACAAAAAUCACCCGAGCCGUCCUCGCAGCCAAAGUCCCGCGGUAUAUCCCCUGGCAAUUCGGCGUCGACUACGACAUUAUCGGUCGUGGGUCGGGACAGCCUGUGUGGGAUGAACAACUGGACGUGCGUGAUCUUCUGCGCGCCGAGGGGCAUGAGACGAAAUGGACGAUUAUAAGUACGGGACUUUUCACUAGUUUUUUAUUCGAGCCCUCGUUCGGGAUUGUAGGUGUAGAAGGAGGGAAGAUAGUGGUGCGCGCGUUAGGGGGAUGGGAGAAUAGGGUUACGGUUACGAGUCCGGGGGAUAUAGGACGGAUUACUGCGGAGGUGGUGUUGGGGGAGUGGGAAGAGGGAAGUAGGAUUUUGUUUACGGCUGGUGAUACGGUGUCGUAUUCGCGGCUCGCUCAGGCUUUGGAAGAGAAGCUAGGGGUGGAGGUUGGACGGGUGUUGUGGGAUGUGGAGUUCUUGGAAAGGGAGUUGAGAGAUGAUCCGGAUGAUAAUAUGAAGAGGUAUAGAGUGGCGUUUGCGAAGGGACGGGGGGUGAGUUGGGAUAAGGAGAGGAGUUUUAAUGUGGAGAAGGGGCUUGAGGUUGUGGAUGUGGAGGAUUUUGUGGAGAGGAAUAUGGAGAGGAUUAGGCAGGGUGAAGAAUUGAGUGAGAAAUGGAAAUGA